GACAAUAACCCUGGCUAGUGUCAUACUUGCAUAUCUCUUUCAUCAUACCUGCACUUCUCUUUGCAUGCAUCUGAAAUUGCAGAAGUUAUGCCACCUGCUGUGAUUGAUGGGAAUGUGCAGGAAAAAUUUGCAAUGUCAACCCCAACACUUCUAUUCAAUCUUGAACUUGACACAUUGCGUGCUGACUUGGGUCUUCUGGGAUUUCCAACCAAAGAUUUGCACUAUCGAUUUCUUUCUCAAUUCAUUCCAGUGUUUUAUAUUCGAAUCAGAGAGUACUCAAAGACAAUAGGAGUGGCACCUUAUAUCGUAAAUUACAGUGGAGCAUUAUUUCGCCAAUACCCUGAAUAUGUACAGGGCCUUGGCAGGUGAUGCUUAAACAAGCAGAUGGUUCUUAUGCUUGUGUAGCAGAGAGUGCAACGCGCUUCACACUU